AUGCUGAUAUUUCGAAUCCCUAGUCGCAUAGCCGCCGCGCCGCCAUGCGCUGGAAGAAGUGCGACGACGCGCGGGCCGCCCAAGAAGGGCUGCGAGGGGCACUCGCAGCGCGCCGGUAGUCUCCCGCAUUGCACUUCUUCUCCCCCCGCCGUCAUCCCCCGCGAAUCUCCCGCUUCCCGCCGUCUCCCCGCGCGCGUCGUUGGUGCGUUCAUCCCCCGCGGGUGCGCGUUGGUAGGAGCGCCCUUCCCCAUGUCUUCCUCGUCGCACCACCACUCCGCGCGCGCCUCGCUGCGAUCCCGCUGGCACGGCGGCGCGCACAAGGCGGGGUACGGAAUCCGCGCAGCGCACGUCAUCCAGGCGUGCGCCUUCGCUAUAGUCACGCUAUGGCUCUGCUACCACUGGUCGCACGCCCCGCGCCGCCAGCCCCCGCGCGACGCGGACCCGGCCGCGGCGAGCGCGGGGAGGCUGCAGGUUCGGGGGCUCGUGGUGGAACGGCCCAAGCCCAAAUAUGUGGCUCGGCGGAAGAGCCGCAGCGUGAUCUCCCUGGAGGGCCCCGGCGACCGCGACCUGCUGCCGGGGGACGGCGCGCUGGCGGACGCGGAGGGCGCGCGCGGCGGAGGGGCGGCGCUGGCGGGGGGAGAUAUCGUGCGGCGCAUCGUGGCGAAGGCGGGCAUGGCGCAGGCGCGCGGCGUGAAGCUGAAAGACCUGGUGGAGGCGAAGGCGCAGGGCGGGGGGAACCUGCUGGGGGAGUUCGGGGGGGAGGCGGAGGAGGGGGAGCGCGCGUGGGAGGAGGAGGGCGAGUUGGAGGAGCGCGCGCUCGUGGACCUCAAAGGCGGCGGGCGCGAGGCGAAGGUCGUGCAGCGCGCGCUCGAUGAGACGCGCGCCGUGGAGGGGGACGGCGGGGGGGAAGGCGGGGCGGAGGGCGAGCGCGAGGGCAGUGCGGCCUCGGCGCUGGAGGUGGCGGAGGACGCGGAACUGGGCGCGGGGAGGGGGGGCGCGGACGAGAGAGGCGCGGAGGGCGGGCGGAAACAACAGGCGGGGCGGGCGGGGGAGAGGCAGGGGGAAGGGGGGAGUGGGAGGUUGUUUAAGGCGGACGUGAGAGGGGAAGAAGUGGCAGGGAUGGAAGGGGAGGCGCGGGGAGGGGAGGAGGAAAAGCAGGGAGGGAGAGAGGAGGAUGAGGAUGAGGCGAGGGGCGAGGAGGAUGGGACAGUGUUGUGCUGCAACACGCUGCACUCCCUCCCCCGAUGCGCUGCACUCCCUCCCCCCAUGCGCUGCACUCCCUCCCCCCAUGCGCUGCACUCCCUCCCCCCAUGCGCUGCACUGCCUCCCCCCAUGCGCUGCACUCCCUCCCCCCAUGCGCUGCACUCCCUCCCCCCAUGCGCUGCACUGCCUCCCCCCAUGCGCUGCACUGCCUCCCCCCAUGCGCUGCACUCCCUCCCCCCAUGCGCUGCACUGCCUCCCCCCAUGCGCUGCACUGCCUCCCCCCAUGCGCUGCACUCCCUCCCCCCAUGCGCUGCACUCCCUCCCCCCAUGCGCUGCACUCCCUCCCCCCAUGCGCUGCACUCCCUCCCCCCAUGCGCUGCACUCCCUCCCCCCAUGCGCUGCACUCCCUCCCCCCAUGCGCUGCACUCCCUCCCCCCAUGCGCUGCACUCCCUCCCCCCAUGCGCUGCUCUCCCUCCCCCCAUGCGCUGCACUCCCUCCCCCCAUGCGCUGCACUGCCUCCCCCCAUGCGCUGCACUCCCUCCCCCCAUGCGCUGCACUGCCUCCCCCCAUGCGCUGCACUCCCUCCCCCCAUGCGCUGCACUCCCUCCCCCCAUGCGCUGCACUCCCUCCCCCCAUGCGCUGCACUCCCUCCCCCCAUGCGCUGCACUGCCUCCCCCCAUGCGCUGCACUCCCUCCCCCCAUGCGCUGCACUCCCUCCCCCCAUGCGCUGCACUCCCUCCCCCCAUGCGCUGCACUCCCUCCCCCCAUGCGCUGCACUCCCUCCCCCCAUGCGCUGCACUGCCUCCCCCCAUGCGCUGCACUCCCUCCCCCCAUGCGCUGCACUCCCUCCCCCCAUGCGCUGCACUCCCUCCCCCCAUGCGCUGCACUGCCUCCCCCCAUGCGCUGCACUCCCUCCCCCCAUGCGCUGCACUCCCUCCCCCCAUGCGCUGCACUCCCUCCCCCCAUGCGCUGCACUCCCUCCCCCCAUGCGCUGCACUCCCUCCCCCCAUGCGCUGCACUCCCUCCCCCCAUGCGCUGCACUCCCUCCCCCCAUGCGCUGCACUGCCUCCCCCCAUGCGCUGCACUCCCUCCCCCCAUGCGCUGCACUCCCUCCCCCCAUGCGCUGCACUCCCUCCCCCCAUGCGCUGCACUGCCUCCCCCCAUGCGCUGCACUCCCUCCCCCCAUGCGCUGCACUCCCUCCCCCCAUGCGCUGCACUCCCUCCCCCCAUGCGCUGCACUCCCUCCCCCCAUGCGCUGCACUCCCUCCCCCCAUGCGCUGCACUCCCUCCCCCCAUGCGCUGCACUCCCUCCCCCCAUGCGCUGCACUCCCUCCCCCCAUGCGCUGCACUCCCUCCCCCCAUGCGCUGCACUCCCUCCCCCCAUGCGCUGCACUCCCUCCCCCCAUGCGCUGCACUCCCUCCCCCCAUGCGCUGCACUCCCUCCCCCCAUGCGCUGCACUCCCUCCCCCCAUGCGCUGCACUCCCUCCCCCCAUGCGCUGCACUCCCUCCCCCCAUGCGCUGCACUCCCUCCCCCCAUGCGCUGCACUCCCUCCCCCCAUGCGCUGCACUCCCUCCCCCCAUGCGCUGCACUCCCUCCCCCCAUGCGCUGCACUCCCUCCCCCCAUGCGCUGCACUCCCUCCCCCCAUGCGCUGCACUCCCUCCCCCCAUGCGCUGCACGCCAGCCGCCACAUGCUGUGUUGUGCUGCGCUCAUCGCUCGCCGUCUGUGUUUGCGCUACGUCUCAUCUGCACCUUUGCAUGUCUGCCUGUCCUUUCGCUGCCCAUUCUUUCGUUGCCAUCCCACGUACUUGCUUGCACUGCAUCUUCAAGUUCUCCUUUCUCUUCCUGCCUCCCUCUUGUGUAACCCUCUUCCCUUUCUCGCCCUGCUCUCGCGUCCUGUCACCACCCUGCCCCCUGCGUGCGUGCAACAUGCCGCAGCCAGCAGCAGCACGGCGGGCGCGGCGCCGCUUCGAAGCGCCACUGCUGCUGGAGCUCAAGGUGAGUUACAUCGGACCAUUAAACCCACCGCUUCCAUUCCACUCCCCACCUGUUGCCUCGCUGUCACACCACACCACAGCACACCGGUGCUGAGCAACUCAAGCCUGUUCCUUCCUCGUGCCUCUGCAUGUACUGCCACACACUUCUCUCACCGCCACACACUUCUCUCACUCGCCUUGCACUCAUUCCCAUCCCCCUCGCCUCACCCCCUGCAGAUCCGAGACAGCCCUGUUGGAUGGUACGGCGGUGGAGAGCGGUUCAAUGCGGUGAACCAGAAGGGCAACGUGCUGCCCAUGGCCAGUCGUGACACGCCCUCAGGCAACCAGGCGGAGCGCACAUACAAGGCGGUGCCAUUCGUGAUGAGCACGUCGGGGUGGGGCGUGUGGGUAGACUCACACGCGCAGGGCUCCUUCCUGCUCAACCACGCCUCUCACCCACACCACAUGGUGCUGCGCUACCCGCUCUUCACCUCGCUGCGCGUGGUGUUCAUGGGGGGGCCGCGCCUGCUGGGCGUGCUGGCGCUCUUCUCGCGCCUCUCCGCGUCGCGCCCCAUCCCGCCGCCCCUCUGGGCCCUCGCGCCCUGGAAGGGCCGUGACGUGCACCGCACCAGCCAGGAGGUAUUGGAAGAUGCGGAGAAGCUGCGGCAGCAGGGCAUACCAGGGUCGGUGAUUCUGAUAGACAGCCCGUGGGAGACGAGCUACAACGACUUCUCCAUCAACCGCCAGCAAUUCGAUGACCCCCAGACGCUCUUCUCCAAGCUGCAUGCCCUCGGCUUCCGGGUGGUGUUUUGGGCGACGCCGUUCAUCAAUCUGGUCAACCGCGUGGACAUGCGCGGCAUCACACCCACCGCCGCGCCCAACUACCACGAGGCGGCGCAGCACGGCUUCCUCGUGCGCAACGCCACGGGCCACCCGCAGGUGGUGCGGUGGUGGAAGGGGCGCGGGGCGCGCGUGGACCUGAGCAGCGCGCAGGCGGAGCGGUGGUGGCGCGGGCAGAUGGGGCGGAUGCUGCAGUGGGAGGAGGUGUUCGGGGGCGUCAAGGCGGACGACGGCGAGGGCGCGUUCUUCGAGGCGGGCGCCGUGUUCCAUGAUGGCACGCCGCUGGAGCUCAUGCGCAACAAGUACAUACAGCUGUACCUGGCCAGCAUGCAGCGCUUCAUCAACAAGAGCGUGGGGGCCACCCAAGGCGUCGUGCUUGCGCGCUCUGCCUUCACUGGCACCGCCAGCUCCUUUGUGUGGGCGGGCGACAACAGGGCGUCCUUCUCGCGGUCGGACGGGCUGCCAUCGGUGGUGGUGGCGGGGCAGACAGCGGCGCUGUCAGCGCUCUUCCUGUGGGGCAGUGACAUCGCGGGGUACCUGGGCAAGGCCAUCCCGCGCAACGUCUUCAUCCGCUGGACGCAGUUCGGCGCCCUGUCCCCGCUGAUGCAUCAGUUCGGGCAGGCCAACAACGGCCCGUGGGACUACGAUGCGCUCACGCUGCGCAUCUACCGCCGCUUCGCCCGCCUGCACACCACCCUCGCGCCGUACCUGCUGCGCGCGGCACGGCUGGCGUGCAGCGAGGGGCGGCCGGUGAUGUGCCCCAUGGCCCUGUGCGCGCAGGGGGAUGAGGCCGCGGAGAGUGGGCGGUGGGAGGGGCAGUACCUGCUGGGGGGCGACCUGCUGGUGGCGCCCGUGGUGAAUGAGACUGACAGCGUGCAGGUGCUGCCCGAUGACACCCACACCCUCGUGCCCUGUGGCGCUCACAUCCUGCCCUCCGUCAAGUGCAUGCCCAGCCAUCGCACCAUCCAGGUGUGGCCAGGCGGGGCGGGCAGCACGGAGCUGUGUGUGCUGCUGCGCGUGUCCCACCGCUACGAGGGCACCGUCACUCGUGCCUCCCAGGGACUGGCGGGCGGCACUGCCGGGUCUGGCAGCAGCGUGGGCGACGGCAGUGGCGACAGCCGUGCUGCCCACAGCGGUGGCAACAGCGACUCAACUAGUGGCGGCACCGGUGGUGUGAAAAAGGGCAUCGAAUUAGUAGAGGGAGAGCGCAGUGCAGGUGGCAGCUUCGCAGGUGGGGAAGGUGGAGGUGAGGGAGAGGCGGAGGCGGAGGAGGGUGGGGGGCUGCAGGGAGGGGGUGAUGGCGAUGCGGCGAGGGGCGAGGGUGAGGGGGUGGAGGAUUUGCCUCAGAUGGACGCUGCGCAGGAGGACGAAGGGGGAGGAGGCGGUGCAGAAGGCGAGGGCAAGGAGGAGAGCGAUGUGGGAGUGAGAGGGGCGAGGAGAGUGCUGGGAAUGAGAGAGGGUGCUGUGCCGGGGCUUGAGGCGGGUGUGCAGGGGCAUGAGGCGGGUGUGCUGCGCUUGCGGAGCCAGCAGCAGCAAGGGGAGGCGAGGGGCGAGAGCGGGGGCAGGCGAGUGGUGGAGGUGGCAUGGGGGGGUACGGCGCGCAGGGAGGUGCAUGUGAUGCUCAUGUUCGAGCGCGUUCCACACGUCACGCUCACUCUGCUGCCGCCCGCUGGUGCCGCUGGUGAUGGCACACAAGAGGCCCGGCGCGUGCCUUGUGAGAGGGUUGAGAGCCUGGACAGGCCACUGUCUCUGUGCCGUUUGCACCUAGAAAAGGGAAUUACACGGAUAGUUUAUCCGGUGUGA